UACAACAAUAAAAAGCUUGAUCAGGUAUAUGGAGUUGUUAUUGCCAGAGAGAAAUGGUUUUUUACUAUGGUAACUGCUGACAACCAAAUAAGUAUUAAACACACUCUGCUAACUAUUAAUCUAAGUAAUAAAGAUAUUUUAGAUGAUGUUAUUGCAAAGGAUGUUGGGUCUUUGAUUUCAGUUCUCUAUACAAUAAUUUUAGAAGGAAUACAAGAACCAAAAACAAAGACCAAAAGAUUUGUAUAA